AUGCAGCACUUGGCCGAGCUCGAGAGGUCAUUGCCUGAUGUGAUUGCUCAUCCAGUCAAAGCCAAAAAACAGACCAACGGCUCGAACGGCGUCUAUCCUGAUGGGGUACGGUCACACUUCACACUCAACACAGGAGCGAACAUCCCAGCCGUAGGAUUCGGCACCUGGAAGGCAGCCCCGGGAGAUGCUGCGAAAGCUGUGGAGGCCGCGUUCGCCGCUGGCUACCGUCACUUUGACUGCGCUCCUCUCUACUACAACGAGGCUGAGAUCGGGCAGGUGUUCAAGAAUGCUCCUGUCCCUCGAUCUGACUUCUUCGUCACCACCAAGCUGUGGUCAUCGGAUCACCAGCGAGUCCAACAGGCGUUGAACAAGUCUUUGCAGGACCUCGGGCUGGAAUACGUUGAUUUGUAUCUCAUGCACUGGCCAGUCACCUUGAGUCCAUACACCGGCGCCGAAUACGGCAAAGAAGACCGCAAAGCACACGUGCAAGGCUGGGACUUCCGAGAUACGUGGCGCGAGAUGGAGAAGCUCUUGGAGAUAGGCAAAGUCCGUGCUAUUGGGGUCGCCAACUUUUCAACGGUCAGUCUGAUGAAGCUGCUCGAGACGGCCAAGAUUGUUCCAGCAGUCAAUCAGACGGAGAUUCAGCCGCUGCUGCCCCAAGAUAAGUUGUUCGCCUUUUGCUCGUCCAAGGGCAUUCACCAGACGGCCUUUGGUCCACUUGGCGGUACUGGAAGCACACUGCACGAGGAUGCGGUCAUCAUGGAUAUUGCGAAGAAGCGAGGGGUUUCAACUGGCAAUGUGAUGUUGAGCUGGGGCAUUGCCAAGGGAUGGAGCGUGAUCCCGAAGAGCAUCAAUCCCAAAAGAAUAGCGUCGAACCUCAAGGACAACUUCGUGCCAACAGAGGAGGAGAUACAUCAGAUCGACUCUCUAGCUCGCAAAGCGGGUAAACGAUUCAAUCGGCCAGACUGGGGCAUCACCGUCUUCCAUGACGAUGCCAAUGCCGGUGUGGUGUAA